GUGGUCAUCAACAGUCCGAUCGUGAAGGGGCUGAAGUACAACCAGGCCACGCCCAACUUCCACCAGUGGCGGGAUGCGCGCCAGGUCUGGGGGCUCAACUUCAGCAGCAAAGAGGAUGCCAGCCAGUUUGCCAAUGGCAUGAUGAAUGCCCUGGAGGCCCUGGACACGGGAAACUCUGCACCCCCCCUGCGCCCCACCCAGAACGGACCCACCGCAGAUGAUCUGGCCGAGCAGCAGAAAAGGCACCCACAGCAGCUGGAGAAGGAGCCGCCGGAGCAGCCAGAGCGACGGGGGCCCAUCGGAGCCCCUCAGGUCGCCCCUCCAUCGGGGGGCCCUCCGCCGCCCCCGGGACCACCUCCAGCUCCCCCUGGGCCGCCCCCGGGACCUCCAGGGCCACCACCGGGAGCCCCCAGUGGCCCUCCCCCUCCUCCUGGGCCACCCCCUCCGCCGGGCCCACCACCUCUGACCUCAGGAGGGGGGCCGCCCCCAGCCCCUCCCCUCCCUGCUUCCCUGGGCCCCGGCGGAGGGGCCGGACCGCCCACCGGCUUGGCCGCAGCACUGGCCGGAGCAAAGCUGAAGAAGUCGGGCAAGGAGGAAGGGGCCAAGCCCACCCCUGGUGGAGGAGCCCCCCCACCUGCUCCCGGGGGAGGGGGGCUGAUGGAAGAAAUGAGUGCCAAGUUAGCCAGGCGAAGGAGAGUGGCGGAGCAAAGCGAGAAGGUCGUUCCAAAGAAGGAGGAAGCCCCUGGGCAGCAAGAAGACGCUGAUGCCACUGGUGCCAAGCCCACAGAUGCCUUCCGGAGACCGUGGGAGAAGUCCAGUACGACAUUACCUAGAAUGAAAUCUGCUGGAGCCAUGACGGCCGGGGAGCCCGCGGGGGGCGCAGGGGAUGAAUCCGAGCUGGAGCGGGUGAAACAGGAACUUUUGCAGGAGGUUCGGCGUGAACUACAGAAGGUCAAAGAGGAGAUAAUCCAAGCAUUCAUCGCGGAGCUUCGGAAGAGGGGGUCUCCUUAGCCCCCAGACCCAGCCGGUGCCACCCGGAGUCAGCAGCCUAAUUCUCCCUCAUGCGCAGAAGAGAAUAAAAUGGAAAAUCACAAAGGCCCCCUCCUCACCUUUCUGGCCCCCUCACGCACUAGACAAGCCCCACCCCCACACCCCUUCCCUGUCAGCUCCCACCGUGCAAUUUUGGGGUGGGGGGAAGAGGGACAAUCCGUGCUGGCCCCCACCCCAGGAAGGGCAGGACCCCCACCUGUGCCUUACCCAGAGCAAUAGCAGGACCCUCCUCCUGAAACCCCCCCCCCAAGGAAGGAAGCGGGCUCUUUCCCUGGUGGAAGGGGCUCCCCUCUCCUCAGCCCAGGAAGGGCCAGUCUCUCCGCUCCCCCUCCCCAUUUUUGGCUCUCGGUGUUUGGUUUCCUCCCCACCACAGAGGGGCGUGUGCCGUCCAGCCGAAGGAGGGGCUGGCGAAGGGCCCAAGGAGAUGCCCUCACUGUUGGAGGCCCUUCCUUCUUGCAGCUUGCAAGGGCCAGACCGGGCAGUUCUCCCGGGUGGGGUCCCAUCUCCUACCCCCCCCCCUCCUGGGAGCAUUUCAGAGCCCCUCCAUCUUCCUCCUGCAGAAGAGGCGGCACGAGUGACGGCAGAGCAUUGGAGGGCCGGUUCCCGGGGCUGCACCCUGGAUGCCCCUGCCAGCCCCUCAAGUAGUUAGGAGCGCUGCUGCUCCUGGGGGGGCAUGCCCCACUUCCAAAGAUGGCGCUCUUCUGGGCAAGGGAAGGGCCCCAUCAGUCCCACGUCCCCCCCCCACGCUUCCCAAGACCCUUCCUGCAUUCCAGGUCUUCUGCUGGUUUCACUCGGUUUUGUAACUUUGAUUUUAUGCAAGGGGAGAGGGCCCUUUUUGGGAUAUUUUUUUUUCCUCAAAGGCCCACCCCCUCUGGGUCUUUUUUAAAAAAAGAAACGUUUCUUCUUCUUCUCCCUUCUCCCUCCUUCAGGCCAUGGAGGGGGAACAGGGCAGGCUUUUCUACUGAGCUGUAAUUUUUUGACUUUUUUGUUUUUGUCAAGCUGGAUAGAAUUAUUAUAUUUUGAUUUUAUUGUUAUUAUUAUUAUUGUUAUUAUUACUGAUCUGCUGGGUAUCUCUGCCCGACCUCUUUCCACCCUUCCGCCUCACCGCACGCAUCGCCCGCAGACGGGCACUAGUAUCUCGGGCACCAGACUUCUCUUACGAAUAAACCUUUCCCUUUUUUGUAAAGUUACAAAGCG